AUGUUGCUUCUGGCCGAGGAGAUGAUAAAGGCAGAAAUGCUCACUAUGAUGCACUUCGACAACUUGCAAAAUCCAUUGCCAAUCAGCAAAUUCCAGCCACCACCGUCUGGUGAUGCCUUGUCUAGUCUAACCUCUACCGGAAGUACUCAACAGCAAGUACAACUUCAGAAAAAACUCUUUAAUCAAUCAAGGCUUCUACAUGAAGCCCAUUUACGCGAUAACCCGUAUGAAGAGCUCAAAUCAGAUGAGAUGAAACAG